ACUCUGCGAAACGAAUCAUGGAUCACACUGAUAAUGACUUACAAGGCACUAACAGUUCUGGAUCGUUGGGUGGUCUUGAUGUUCGCAGACGAAUUCCUAUAAAGCUCAUCUCCAAGCAAGCAAACAAAACCAAAGCUGCACCUCGAACGGCAAGGACUGUAAACAGGAUGCCUGCCAAGGCUCCGACUGGUGAGGAAGAAGGAUUUGAUUAUAAUGAAGAAGAACGGUAUGACUGCAAAGGGGGUGAGCACUUUGGAAAUCAGCGACGAUUUCCAGGACACCUGUUUUGGGACUUUCAGAUAAACAUCUUAGGUGAAAAGGAUGAUACACCAGUACAUUUCUGUGACAAAUGUGGAUUACCUAUUAAAAUCUAUGGGCGAAUGAUUCCAUGCAAGCAUGUUUUUUGCUAUGACUGUGCUAUCUUACAUGAGAAAAAGGGAGAUAAGAUGUGCCCAGGCUGUAGUGAUCCUGUGCAGCGAAUCGAGCAGUGUACACGAGGUUCUCUCUUCAUGUGUAGCAUUGUUCAAGGGUGCAAGAGAACGUAUUUGUCUCAAAGAGACUUACAGGCUCAUAUCAACCACCGUCAUAUGAGAGCUGGAAAACCUGUUACCCGGGCAUCACUUGAAAACGUCCAUCCUCCUAUUGCCCCCCCACCAACUGAAAUCCCUGAUCGGUUUAUAAUGCCACCAGACAAGCACCAUAUGAGCCAUAUCCCGCCAAAGCAACACAUCAUGAUGCCACCACCUCCUUUGCAACACGUGCCACACGAGCACUAUAAUCAGCCCCAUGAGGAUAUUCGUGCUCCUCCAGCAGAAUUGUCCAUGGCUCCACCUCCACCUCGGUCGGUCAGUCAGGAAACCUUUCGUAUUUCAACAAGAAAACACAGCAAUUUAAUAACUGUCCCUAUUCAGGAUGACUCAAGUUCUGGUGCUAGAGAAGCACCACCUCCUGCCCCAGCACCUGCUCACCAUCAUCCUGAAUAUCAGGGUCAACCAGUGGUAUCUCACCCUCAUCAUAUUCUGCCUCCACAGCAACAUUAUGCACCACCCCCACCUCCUCCUCCCCCAAUAAGCCAUCCAAUGCCACAUCCUCCCCAGGCUGCAGGUACUCCUCACUUGGUGUAUAGCCAAGCUCCACCUCCACCAAUGACCUCUGCUCCACCUCCAAUAACCCCUCCCCCUGGACAUAUUAUUGCCCAGAUGCCACCUUAUAUGAAUCAUCCUCCUCCAGGACCUCCCCCACCUCAGCACGGUGGCCCACCUGUAAGUGCACCCCCUCCUCACCAUUACAAUCCUAACUCUCUGCCCCAGUUCACUGAAGAUCAAGGAACUCUGAGCCCUCCAUUUACACAGCCAGGGGGAAUGAGUCCUGGUCUAUGGCCUGCGCCAAGAGGGCCGCCACCGCCGCCACGGAUGCAGGGUCCGCCUUCUCAAACCCCACUUCCUGGACCACAUCAUCCAGAUCAGACAAGAUACAGACCUUAUUACCAAUGAUAAUAGUGUUUUGAACUGAAGAUUUAAUGAGGGAAGAAAAAAAAAAAAUCAACAACUUAUAUAUAGGCAACCUUUGAAUUCAGCUUUGACUGUUGGGGGAAGGAAAAGCACUUCUUACAGAGCGGGCUAUAAUACUCACUAGGGUCUUGUCUUUCAAAAUGGUCUUCAUCCUUGACUUUAGGACUGAUUUCAAGUACUAUGGUGUAGUGCAGAUAAAUGGCUCAGUUGAGCACAGCUAUAUUUUAACAACUUUGUUCUUCUAGUGUGGUAAUUUGACCCAGAGGUGACCAUUUGUAAUAUUAUUUCCUGAAAACAAGUUUUCAUUGUCCACUUUCAGAAGUAUUACUUUUGUUAAACCCAAUCUUUAGUUUUUCUUGUGAUACAUUUUUGUUAACCUGUGUAAAUGGAUUAAAUUUCAGUAUGGUUGUAAAAA